UAUCAUCCCCGUGGUUCUUGGCUAUGAUUUCCGCUCGGCUUUCUCUGUUGCUCGCACCAGCAGCAUGGAAGGUGGACCUGAGAUGGUCAUCACAUUUGACAAGGUCUACGUGAACAUCGGAGGGGAUUUUGACCCCAAGGCCGGAAUGUUCAGGUGUCGGAUUCCGGGAGCGUAUUAUUUUUCCUUCACCGUCGGAAAAUUCCCCAAGAAGAAUCUGUCGGUGAUGUUGAUGAAGAAUAAGAAUGAGGUUCAGGUGAUUGUCUACGAUGAACACCACCACAAAGAGCGGAAAGUAGCCAGUCAAAGUGCCAUGUUACAACUGGAUUACGGGGACACUGUGUGGCUUCGUCUUCAUGGAGAUCCCAAAUAUGCUAUCUACAGUAAUGCUGGACCCUACACGACCUUCAAUGGAUACCUCAUAUACCCAGAUACAUCCUCUUAUUUCCAGGGCAGCAGCAACUCCUACAAGUCGCACAACCUUCAAGGUACGUCGAAAUCCAGAGAGGGGUCUUCAGAACAGAAUGAGGUCUUCAAGCAGAACUCUGUGUCUGCUGAACAGCCUGCUGUAGACACAGACCCCAGAUCAGCUUUCUCUGUUGCUCGUACAGAAAGUCUCUUUGGCACAGAGGACAUUAAGACACAACAUCAGCCCAUCACCUUCGACACAGAGUUUGUCAACAUUGGGAAGGAUUUCAACCUAUCUGCAGGUGAGUUUCGGUGUAGGGUGGCAGGAGCCUAUUACUUUUCUUUUACCAUUGGGAAAAUGCCCUACAAGACAAUGUCGGUCAAGCUGAUGAAGAACCAAAACGAAGUCCAGGCAAUGAUUUAUGACGACAGUCACUCCAAGAAACGAGAGAUGCAGAGUCAGAGCGUGAUGGCGUCCCUACACCCGGGCGAUACUAUCUGGCUAUACAGUUACAGCCGUGAUGGAUACGGAGCUUACAGCAACCAUGGCAAGUACAUCACUUUCACCGGGUUCCUGGUGUAUCCAGAAGAGACUCCCACCCAGCAUCUGUUGGCCACAAACCAGAAGCCAGAGGUGUUCCUCACAGAGCUGUGAAGAGUCGCACAACCAUAAUCAUACACGGUGACUUCUGAAACUCACUCCAUGAGAUAUGUAGAUCUGCACUCGUCAUCUGUGUGUCAGUGGGCAUGUUAUCAAUUAUUACUUCUGUCUCUCAACAUUGCAUGCUCCUGUCCUGGGGGGGAAAAACCUUUCCGUCUUCUCCACCCAUACCGAACAACUUAAUGGAUGGGAAACGGGGACAGGCCACUGUA